CGCUCGUGUGGUGGUGUGUGCGCUCGCGCCGGUUUUUGCGAGGCAGCGAGUUGCGUGCGAAGAGCUCGACAUGUCAUUCAGAGGAAUCCGCCACCUGAAACGCGAGGAAGUCAAGGCGACUCAAUUGGGUAUAAAGAAUCAGUCAACAUCUGCCUCCGAGCAGAGCGACGCUGAUGAAAACAUCAGCGCGGAGCUCGUGCAGGGACCCCGGCCGCGUUGUGUUUUGUCUUCCCGCUGGAUCUAUCGCUUCCCGGAGCCGGUGCACCUCCGCCAGGCGCAUCUCUUUGGAACAUUUUAAAGUGGAUGUGAUUCUGGAGCCAACUCGAUUCUGGAUUUAAUCCACGGAGAUUCUGGCGCACCUGUUACCUCCAAGGAGCGCAAGAUCAUGAUCCCACCUGGAGACUGCAUGUACGCGGGCAGAAAGAGGAGGAAGCCCGUCCAGAAACAGAAGCCGUCCUCUGCCAACGAGAAAAGCAACCCGUCCAAGCGGCACAGGGACAGGCUCAACGCCGAGCUGGACCGCCUGGCCAGCCUGUUGCCGUUCCCUCCGGACGUCAUCUCCAAACUGGACAAGUUGUCCGUGCUGCGCCUCGCCGUCUCCUACCUCCGCGUCAAAAGCUUCUUCCAAGCGAGUCAAGACAAACCCUCCAGGAAGCACAUCACCACCCCAGCAUCCUCUAACCCUGAACCCAGGAAAGAUAGCCUUCCUUUGGGCACCACCAUCAAUGAAAGCAGCCUCCUCCUGGAAUCUCUAACAGGCUUUGCCUUGGUGGUGAGCAGUGAUGGCAUGGUUUUUUAUGCUUCCUCAACCAUUGUGGAUUACUUGGGUUUCCAUCAGACCGACGUGAUGCACCAAAACGUCUUCGACUACAUCCACAUAGACGACCGCCAGGAGUUCAGACGCCAGCUCCACUGGGCCAUGUGUCCCCCACAACAUCAGGCGAUGUCUGGGCAGCCAGAUGGCCAGUUAGCAGCGGGAACAAGUGAAGACUUUGUCGUGAGCAGCAUGUUCAACUCUCCGGAAGCAGGGGAAAUUCCCCCAGAGCUCUCCUGCUUUCUCAACAGAUGUUUCAUAGCCAGAGUCCGCUGUCUCCUGGACAGCACGUCUGGGUUUUUGACGAUGCAGUUCCAGGGUCGGUUAAAGUUCCUCCACGGGCAGAAAAAGAAGUCGCCCUCUGGGACGCUGGUUCCCGCCCAGCUGGGUCUGUUCUGCAUCGCCGUGCCCCUCUUACUGCCCUCCAUCACCGAGAUGAAAGUGAAAAAUAUUUUAAUGCGGGGAAAGAACAAAGGUGGGGGGAUUAUCUCUCCGAUGGAGCAUGGUGAGCAUGGGGAACACCUUCGGAGGCAUUCCACCGGUGGAGGAAUGGGUGACAUGACAGACCCUCUUCUCUUCACUUGUCCCCAUCCGGGCGCUACACAGCGAAGCCACCACACGCUCUGGUCCCCUCUUUGCAAAGACAACCUCAAGUGCGGCUCCGACGGCUUCUACGGUCAGGAGGAACCCCUCAACUUCUGCAAGUCCUCCAUGACGGACCACAAAGGCGCGGCCGCGGGCCUAGGCGGAGGGUGGCCCAUGCGGCAGCGGAUGGGGCCCAUCAGAGCCGCCCAGGGAGUCGGCUACGUCCCAUCCAACCGCCUGAACAGGACUGGCCAGUACGGGAAGCCCUACCGCCUCUCGCCGAGCUGCCAGGGCGGCAGGGGCUCAGACGUGUACGUGUCGAAGCUGUAUGGGUCGUCGGACGCGGACGCCUACUGCGUAGACCUGGUGAAGAGCGAGAACGACUUCGGGGAGUGCUACGAAGGUCACAUGAUGUCCGAGAUGCCGCCCAUCAAGAUAGAGCACGACUCCGACUCGGAGAACGGAUGCGAGACGUACGGUCAAACCUGGGCCUGCCGCAACCAGGCCACCAUCGACCGUCACUACGGGAACGGGGCGUACAACCCAAGCACUGGCCUGCAGCUUAAAUCGGAAACGGACUACUACGACCCGCAGUACUCCCCGUGCCAACGAGGGAAAGCAGGAAUCAGCCCCACGUACAACAAUGGCGCCUACCCCGGCUACGCGGUCAACAGCGCCGCUCGUCUGCUGAAGUGCGACAAAGACUUGGUCAGUAACGGCGACUCCAACCAGUUCAGUCCUCAGAGACUCUCUCACUCGGACUCUCUAUGCAGCAACCAGCCGGUCAACCUCAUGGAGCCAAACGUCUACCCUCAGAAGGCGUACAUGCACCUGGACUACAGCAAGCACGGCGCCUACGAGUUCAAAGGUCACGGCUUGAUCCACUCGAUCAAACGGGAACCGAUGGACUCCCCGCCCUGGUCUGAGAACGGCCACGACAUGAACCAGUCCAUUAUGGGCGGCUCGAGGAACGUUAUGCCAUGUGUGAUGAGCACGGGCCACCACAAGUCCAGUCCCUACAUUUACAUGCAGUGAGAGGACGGCGGCCGCACGUGAACACAUCAGCAGAUAUCUACCCGCACACAAUCCCCCUUCACACGCACAAUUACACACAGACACAAACAAAUCAGUACGUAUUAACUUGUUUUCCCCUUUAGCGUUUCACGUACACGUGUGCUAGCAUUACAAAGGAAGGGUUACCACGACUACCACGAUGUCAGACAUUUUUCUCAAGUUUAAUGAAGAGUCUCAGGUUCAAAAAUCUGUUUUGACAAUCAACUAUUUGACUUUCAGAAGAUGUUACUUAAAAAAAAAAAAAAAAAAAAAAGGUACAGGUUUUGGUUUUUUAGCACUUUUGAAUUUAGUGAGAGUGAGCAAAAUGUCCAAGAAAAAAAAUUUCUUUAGUUUUUGUAUUGUUACACCUGGAUUUUGCAAGGAACUGUUUUAUUUUUCUAAACUUUGUACACAGGAGAAAACUUACAUCCGCUGACAGUUUCGUUUAAAUUGAUGUUUAGGAUAAAUGCACUUUGAAGUCAUUUUUGAAUAUUAUUUUGAUGUGUCCAAAAACGUGCGUGCCGUGUAAAACCCCAUUCAUGUAAUGUGAUCACUUUCAAUGAAUUUAAAUCAAACUUUAGAUGGAACAAAAAAAAAAAGACUCGAAAGGCUUUUCUUAUGCAAUAGAACGCCAGAUAUAUUAAGAUGUGGCUUUUCACUGAGACAAUCUCACCAAUUUGUGCCCUCAUGUUUCUCUUUGUACUUGGCAUUUUCGAUCAUUGUGUAUAAAUUAUGACAUAUCCGUUUAUUUAAGAUAUUCUUUUGCAGCAGCAGAUGUGUAUUAAAAGUACUAAUAACCCUAGUGGAUUUAAAAAUUAUCAACCCCAAACUUCAAAAUGAUUUACUACUAUGUACAUAAUUUUUUUUUCUGUGCGGCAACUCUGGAAGAGCUACCAUAGAAUCGUCGCUCAGGUGCGAGAAGUCACGUGCGACAUAAAUGAUAAAACCUUGUGGUUGCAACAUGACAAAAUGCUAAAAAGUCUGCCAGGCAUAAAUACCUGCAAGGCGCUAUGUGAUCAGAAAUCAAGCAUUACAAUUGCAGAAACUUGAAAAUUCUUAUCUAUAGUAAUAAAACAAAAAUAAACAAGUGUCAUCGUUCAAGAUAACGCACUCAAAUCAUGUGAAAUUGAAUCAUCUUUGCUUGUCUUUUAUUGCUUAUGUAAUGAACUUCAAUUCAUCUCAUUUAAAAAAUUUUUUUACACUUUAAAAAAACAAAAACAUUAUAUCCCAAUGCUUUAGCAUAAAGUUUAUUAAAAAUAGCACUACAGACUACUUUAUUUUGAGAUGAUUUUACAAACUACACCAGCAGAGCACAGUCCAUGUGCAGGUAAUUACCAAAACAUGUUCAACCAAUAGUAAGGCCAUAGAACGUUUUGCAUCUUAUUCAACAGCACUUGUUGGGUUGGACCCAGCAAGUAGAGGAACUCAGAGCCUCAUCCACGUCUCUGUGGUGUGUUUUCAUCAGCAGGCCACGGUUUGAUGCGUCGCCCUGCGUUUGCUGCACGGCUCUGAGCUCAUUUUGGAAGAAAUGAAGGGAGUGAAAUCAGUCUCUCUGUGCCUAAAGCACAAAUACGAUGCGAGCACAUCGGGAUGUUUUCUGACUGAAGCAGUCAGUCAAGACAAACGUGACGGAUUUCCCACGCCUAAUUUAUCGAGCACAUUAAAAGUGUAUCUAGAUGAUUAUAUGUUUUAUUUUCGUUUCACCAGCUCACAUCUCACUGCAGAUCUGACACAUUGUCAUUGGGAGAAAUGUUAGCUUUCCUUGUCGUCUACUCUGUCCAAAUGCAUCUGGCUUUUGUGUUCACGUCAGUAUUUUUUUUAAUUAUUAUUAUUAUUAUUUCUUUGUUUUUAUUGUUGCACAAAGUCAUUCAAGACUAAUCCAAUCUGAGUCUCAGUUCUGUGAAGCUACCGUCGUAGCUUCUGAAUUGCACUACUGGGAAAUAGUUCAGUUGAAGUUCAGCCUACCCAGACACGUGUUUGAGUCGUCACGCACAACUGCAUACAGUGUCACUGUCGUGGAUUUGUCCUUUUUCUUUUUUGUGUGCGUGUGUGUACGCGUGCUCAUGUCAAUAAAUGUUUCAUGAUUUGUAUUUAUUUGUAAAUGGUAAGUGUAUAAUUUAAAAAACAAAAAGUCUAAAUUUGAAGGCUCUCCCUGUUUUGCUAACGUAAAGAAACAAAAUGGUUUUUUUUUGUUUUUUUUUUAAAAUUUUC